AUGGCUACAGGGUCAGAAUCUGUUCUAGUGAUGAUAUACUGCCAGCUGCUUCCUGGGAUCUCCUUCCAUCCUGCCCCUGCUGGUGACCCUGGUGGAAAGGGGCUGAGUGGUGGUGCUGGGCAAGCUGUCCUCUCAAGGCCACUGUCCACAUCCUCCUUAUCCAUCUCCUGGGACCACGUGAGGAUGCUGCCAUGGCUUCUUGUCUUUUUUACUCUGGGGCCCCAGGCUUGGGAUGUUCCCCCUAUGGUUGCCCGCAAGGAGUGGGGAGCAAGACCACUCACCUGCAGGGCCCUGCUGACCCCGCCUAUGGCCUACGUGAUCACAGAUCAGCUCUCAGGGAUGGAAUGCCAGGAGCAGAACUCUUGCAGCAAGAUGCUGUUGGACCUACAGUUUCAUUCUGUCUUCACCAAAGGCCAGUGUGACGUGGCCUACAACUUCCUGGUUGGGGACGAUGGCAAGGUGUAUGAAGGUGUUGGCUGGAACAUCCAGGGAUUGCACACCCAGGGCUACAACAACAUCUCCCUAGGCAUUGCCUUCUUUGGCAGUAAGAUAGGUGGCAGUCCCAGUCCUGCUGCCAUGUCAGCUGCAGAAGGUCUGAUCUCCUAUGCCAUUCAAAAGGGUCAUCUGUCACCCAGGUAUAUCCAGCCACUUCUCUUGAAAGAAGAGAUCUGCUUGGCCCCUCAACAUCCAGUGAUGCCCAGGAAAGCUUGCCCCAAUAUCGUUACCCGGUCUGCUUGGGGAGCCAGAGAGACAUACUGCCCAAAAAUGAAUCUUCCAGCCAAAUACGUCAUUAUCAUCCACACUGCCGGGUCAAGCUGCAAUGUAUCCAUGGUCUGCCAGGAUAGAGUGCGAGAUAUACAGUCCUUCCACAUGGACAAGUGGAACUUCUGUGACAUCGGAUAUCACUUUCUGGUGGGACAGGAUGGUGGUGUGUAUGAAGGAGUUGGCUGGCAUAUCCAAGGCUCUCACACUUACGGAUACAAUGAUAUUGCCCUAGGAAUUGCCUUCAUUGGCAACUUUAUAGAAAAGCCUCCAAAUGCUGCUGCACUGGAGGCAGCCCAGGACCUGAUCCACUGUGCUGUGGAAAAGGGGUAUCUGACUCCCAACUACCUGCUGGUGGGCCACAGUGAUGUGACCAACAUUCUCUCCCCUGGGCAGGCCUUGUACAACAUCAUCAGCACCUGGCCUCACUUCAAGCACUGAGUGAGGCCCCGGCUCCACUCUGCUGAGUCUCUCCUGUCUGUACCAUCACUCUGGCCCACCUGUGUCCCCCUCCC